AGUAUUUCUUCUUCUUCUUCUGAGAUCGAGACGAAACCCUAAGCGAAUGAAGCCCUAGACUUGCGGUUGAUGGAAACUUCACCAUCAUACCCACCAACAGAAGAAGAAUUUAUUUUGUUAAAGAAAAUCCAACAACUUGAAGUUGAACAAGUACGCCUUCAACGAGAACUCUCCAGUUUGAUUCUUCAUAAGGAAUAUCAAAUACCUAAUUUAGGUUACACUACUCGAAGAUCUCACUCAAAAUGGGGAAGUAAUAGCAGCUGUACUAGUAAGAGUAGCCGUUAUCCUCCUGCUCCAAACCCUAGAAAAGAGAUCGGAGCUGGAUUACAAAAGGGUGUGCAUUUUAUUGAGAAGCAGCAUUUUGAUAUCUUGGAUUCACUAGGUCAAUCAGUUCAUGCUUUUGAUCUCAAAGGCCGUAUAACUUACUGGAAUAAAGCAGCUGAAAAACUCUAUGGGUUUUCUAUUUCGGAGAUUCUUGGGCAGAAUCUGCUCGAGCUUCUUACUGAUGUACAAAACCAUGAUGAAGCAUUCGAAAUAAUACGAAAGAAUUCCACGGGACAGAACUGGACGGGGAUAUUUCCAGUGAAAAAUAGAACAGGGGAACGAUUUGAAGUCAUUGUAACUAAUAGUCCGUUCUAUGAUGAUAAUGGAAAUUUCGUGGGGGUUAUUUGCACCUCCAUUGAUUCAGAGCCCUUUCGGUUAGAAUAUCGGCAUCAGCCUUCAGGGUCCUGUUCCGGCUCUUGUCAGUCUAGAAGUGGUCCAAUAACUGAUUUUCGUUUGCCUCUGCAAGCUGGGAUUGCUUCAAAAAUGUUGAAUCUGGCAUCCCGAGUGACCGACAAUAUCAGGUCGAAAAUGAAGAUUGGUGAGAAUAUCUUCAAACCUAAAUGCCUGAAUGGAAAUAGCAAGUAUUUUGAUCAACGGCCCUCAGAAACUGUUCUCUCUGACCAUAUGAAGGUUCCGAAUUUCAGUGAAGGUAGCACACCAGGAGGAGGAUUGCUUGCAUCUCCUAUUGGUGUUCAUUUUAAAGCUACCCAUUUGGAAAUAUCCCCUGGCAAACUUUCCAGAGAACUUGGAAUUGGGGAAGGCAAGUUUGGGAUCCACAAGAACAUAAGAUCUAGGGCAGAGGCUUGGAUAAGCAAGAAAAAUCAGACAUGGGAAUGGUUGAAUCUUGCACAGGAACCUGACAUACAUCAACAAAAUAGCUCCAAUAACUCUGGAAAAAUAGAAAUCAGGACUGUCGAAGCCUCUACUUCCGGGUCCUCUUUUUCUAAAGCUAACAAUACAAGUAGUUUAAGUACCAGCAACAAUCCUCUUUAUGAGUUUGACAUGGCAACUGAGUCUUUGCAUUAUGAUAUCAUGUGGGAAGACUUGGCAAUCGGUGCACAGAUAGGGCAUGGUUCAUGUGGAACAGUGUAUCAUGGUCUGUGGUGUGGCUCGGAAGUCGCAAUCAAAGAAUUUUCCCUGUUUGAGUACUCGAAUGACUUGCUACAUUCUUUUAAACAAGAGGUAUUACUGAUGAAGAGGCUUCGACAUCCAAAUGUACUACUUUUUAUGGGAGCAGUAACCACACCUCAGCAUCUGUGCAUUGUUACGGAAUACCUCCCAUGUGGAAGUUUGUAUCAGUUGCUUCGACGUAGCACUACAAGAUUAGACUGGAGGCGCCGUGCUCUCAUGGCUGUGGACAUUGCACGAGGUAUGAAUUAUCUUCAUCGCUGCAGACCACCCAUUGUCCAUCGUGAUUUAAAGUCAUCAAAUUUGUUGGUUGAUAAGAAUUGGAAUGUGAAGGUUGGUGAUUUUGGUCUUUCACGACUCAAACAUGCAACAUACCUCACAACAAAAACAGGGAAAGGAACGCCACAGUGGAUGGCGCCGGAGGUUAUCUGUAAUGAGCCCUCAGAUGAAAAGUCUGAUGUUUAUAGCUUUGGAGUAGUACUGUGGGAGCUUGCCACACAAAAGAUCCCAUGGGAUACACUUAACGAAAUGCAGGUUAUCGGAGCUGUGGGUUUCAUGGACCGACGACUUGAGAUUCCAGAAGACAUAGAUUCUCAAUGGGCUUCUAUAAUCAGGAUAUGCUGGCACAGUGAUCCAAAAUGUCGACCAACAUUCGAGGAACUGUUGGAUAAGUUGAAAAUUCUGCAGAGGCACUAUUCCUGCCAAAAGCCCAAAGGAGAUACCAGGUUAGGUCAUAAUAUAAAACAGAGAGAGAAAGCGCACCAAGAGGUGGUUGACUGACUCGGUCGUGUAUACUCUAUAGUUGAUUGAUGAUUUUACCCUCUGGAUGUAAAGGUUAAGAAAGUAUCAUACUAGUUUUUUUUGGAGUUUACCAUCUUCUUACGUUUUUGCUUAGGC